AUAUAUGGUUUCAAUUAUUUGUUUCUGUUUCUAUGAUUAUUGAAGUUUUUCUGUUUUUAUGAUGCUCCAGUAUAAUAGAAGAAGAAAAAAAAUGGUGUUACAGAUUUGAAAGGUUAUUGGUGUUACAGAGGUGCUUGCACCUUAUUCCUCAUUUGAAUUUUAGUGUAUUGGUGGUUUAUAAAUGAUUCUCUUUGAUUGCAUCUAUUCUCAUGUUAAAAAGAUAAUAAUUGUUGUUCAGUCAACUAACUCUAUCAUCAUAUAUGGCUUAAUUAGAAUUCUAUCUUUGUUUAUGAAUGGAGAAAGAAAAUAAAAUGUUUUAUCUACUUGUUUUCGAAAGUUGAGAGAACAUUUAGUCUAUUCUGUCUAGACUCUUGGAGGAACUAUUUCUAGUGCUUAUAGGUUGGAAGUUUUGUUGGCACAAGUUUCCUUUUCAAACAUGCUAUGAAAUAAUUAGCUAGUUGCUUUAAGCUAAUAUAUUUUUUUGUAGUUGAUUGGAGUAAAUGACAUACAUACAUGGUAUUGAUUUCUAUUUUUGGGUAUCAAUUGAGUUAUGUAUAUAUAUUUAUGGUUUUAACAGAUUAAUAUUUUCAGUGACCUUGAUGUAUAUAUAUAGUCUCUUCUGAUUCAAAUUCUUCUAAUCUAUUUUGCAGCCACAACUUGAGAGUGGGGAUAAAAGUAAGUGUUCUAUGUUACCACUUUUAUGGUUAUAUGUUUUUGUUGUUGUGUCUUCGAUAUAUGGUUUCUGUUGCAUUGUUCAGUUAUAAUGCCUCCCUCGGCCCUUGACUGUCUCGCAUCUCUACAUAUAGAUUAUCCAAUGUUGUUUGAGCUUCGAAAUGACCCUGCUGAGAGGGUCUAUCAUUGUGGGGUGUUAGAGUUCAGAGCAGAGGAAGACAUGAUCUAUAUGCCUUAUUGGAUGAUGGAAAAUAUGCUCUUACAAGAAAGAGACUUUGUGCGUGUGAAGAAUGUGACUCUUCCGAAUGGGACAUGUGUUAAAUUGCAACCCCAUACAAAGGACAUUUUGGACAUUUCAAACCCAAAAGCUAUGUGAGUCGCUGAUCUUUAUGUAAUUUAAGUUUGUUAUGUUGUUUUAGUGUUUCUCAACUAACCUAUUUAAAAUUUCACUUUCCCAUUUUAUUCAAAAUUUCAUGGCAUUUCCUUACACGUUUAUCUGCAUCAAGUGUGCAUUCAUAAUCAUGGAGUUUUAUCAUUUCAUAUAUUUUUUGAGUUCUUUCUUCUUUGAAUUAAAUUUGAAGUGGAGAGACACUAUAUAAAUACGUGUCUUUUUAUUGAUAUAUAUA